UUUGGUGCCAGAAAAUCAAUCUUUAAGCAAUCUCUGUUUAUAGCCUGUACUGAAAUAAAUUUAUUAGUUUGCUUUGCCUUUAACUAGUUCCCUAGGCUAACGCAAAAUUUUAUUAAAUGGAUGUACUGGCAGUGAAAUGUGCAUUUAUUGAGUAAAUAAAUGCCUACCAACCCAUCUGCCAACUGGUACACAAAAUUAGACCGGUAAGUUACAUAGAAUAUUCCAUAUCGAAGGAACUAUUGCUUAAACAAGGUAAUAAGACACAGAGAUUGAAACGUACUCUACUUCGACUUGAACUGUAGUGAUGCCACAGUUUUUGAAGAUAUAUCUGGCCAAAAGUUUUCCGUUCUUAUGUACCUACAAGGCAAUUCGUCUCUGGCUGCUAUUUUUUGUUACUUUGAAUGCGGCGCUCUCUUUGGCAAAGGCAGAAUCCAUCAAAUGGUAUAAGGGUCAAGGCACUGGAGGUAGGAAAAUAAAAAAGGAUAUGGCUAUUUCAAGAGAAAAGUGCUACGAUUCUUGUAAAGGCAUGCUAGACACAGGAGAGCAUUCAAAUGGCGUUUCCUAUUAUGCAGAUUUUCGGCUCUGUGUCUGCCAUGUUGGUCAAACAGGACGAGAAAACCGUGAUCUUGGCUGGAUAAAUACAUAUAUAGGUGCAGAAACCACUCUACAAGUAGCGCUACAACCAGUUUGGGUAAAAAAUGUCUGGGGCUUCAACGGACACAAUUCAGGGAAUGAAUUUUUCAAAUAUAUAGGAAAAUUUAGAUACCCUAAUGCAUGCUACUUUAAUUGCUCCAGGAAAUGGAACAGUCUCAACCAGCUACCAGACGGUGUAAAUUAUGGGUUAGGUAUUAAUGAAGGAUCAUGCAUUUGUAUUUACGGCCAAAAGGGGAGAAGAAAAGAACUUACUAAGGCUUACAACAAUGCUGUUAUCGAUUAUGAGAUAAUUCAUACUCCAAAAUGGCAGCCAGGAGAAGGUACAUCGUUUGGCAGGAAAAACAUUGGCAAUUAUAUCGAUAAAACUGAGUGUUAUAUGGACUGUUCGAUGACUUUCAAUGAGCAGAAAAUUGUUGCCAAUGGUGUGACUAUGGAUGCUAACAACUGUUACUGUGAGUUUGGGCAAACAAAAAAAGCCGCCAAUAAGACAAGGUACAGGAACACAUUGAUUAAAAGAUCUUUUGAGUGGAAACUUAGACGACCAACUGGCCAGAUCAGAAUCAUAAUCAGCAACAAUACUGCUAACUUUUUAUGGCAACUCACAGUUGACAACGGAUACUGCAUUCGAUUAAACUUUUCUGAUUUCCAACUGGCUAACUCAAAGAACUGUAAGGACAGUUAUUUGCAAGUAUGGAAUGGAUUUGGUGGCUCUGCAAACACCGUUGGCCUGUAUUGCGGUACAGUUGCUCCGCCUAAUGUUGAGAUACCCAACAGAUUUGCUGCUAUUCAAUAUUAUUCAUUUAUAUCAAAUCGAGCCGCGGCUUUUACAAUCAAAUAUGAACAGUUUUUACCAGAUAAAGAAAGUCGCACUGAAUCAGAUAUCGUGACUAUAGGGAUUUCGUGCUCUGUAGGAGUUCUCUUUAUACUUCUUCUUGCUUUUGUAAUAUGGAAAAGGAAAACAUUUGGAAAACAAGUUACUGCUGCUCGAUCUUCAAUACGAACUUCAACAAAUCCAUUCUGCAGUGAUGAAAAUGCCGAUAAAUGGGAAACACCGAUAAAAAGCAUCCGAUUUCAUGGAAUCAUCGGGGAAGGCGCUUUUGGAAGAGUUUACCUUGCAACUUUGCUCGACGCCAGCCCACUAAAUGCAGUGAAAAUUGAAUUCACUCAAAAUAUGAAAGUAGCAGUUAAGAUAUUGGAAGAUAAUGCAGAAAGCUCACGAAAAUCGGAACUGUUACAAGAAAUUGAGAUGACGAAAGAGGUUGGUUUCCAUGACAACGUAAUUACCAUGUUGGGGUGUGUUACAGAUGAAAUGACGUCAUGCUUGAUCCUGGAAUUUAUGGAAUACGGAAGCUUACUGAAAUGUCUUCGCGAGGAGAGGAAAAGAGUUCAAACGCAGAAAUCUUCUGAGUAUUUGGAGCCAGUUGAAUGGGAAACAUUACAGCUGACGGUUAAUGAUCUACUAAGAGUGGCAUGGCAGAUUUCACGUGGGAUGGAGCAUGUAGCGCACAAGGGUAUUAUCCAUCGUGAUCUUGCAGCGAGAAAUGUACUGUUAGGCCCAGACAAAUACUGCAAGAUUGCUGAUUUUGGACUAAGUCGCUUUGCUGAUUUGGAUAAUGUCUAUGUAGCUAAGAACCGUCACAAACUUCCUGUCAAAUGGAUGCCACUUGAAGCGAUAAUCGAUCAAAAGUUUUCAGAGUUUUCUGAUGUCUGGUCUUAUGGUGUGGUGCUUUUUGAGCUGGUGACUCUAGGUGGGAGUCCGUAUCCAGGUAUGACAGCUAUAGAGAUGGUUCGCUUUCUGAAAUCUGGUGCUCGCAUGGCAAGACCUGAAAACUGUUCGGAAGAAAUGUAUGCUAUGAUGCAACGUUGCUGGUACACGGAACCAAAAAUGAGACCAACAUUUUCAACCAUAAAACAACAACUUGAAAUGCUCAUGUCCAAAGAAACACCUUAUUUGGACUUUAAUCUGGAUUUCAACAACGAAUACUAUCUAUUUCCUUCCUUCAAAAGUGAUGAUAAUACAGUAGACGAUCUGAUAUUCGAAUUGUAAGUUACAUAGUCAGGUUGUAGCAUCUUAUGGAGCCAAAUCGUCGAGCAGAUAGGAAUGCUAAAGACUGAAACAUUGUAAAUUUAGUCAUCCACUAGAAUGAUUUGGAAUUGAGAUGAACGAUUCUACUCAGGUCCUAAGACAUUUUCGCUCUUAAGUUAUUUUAUUAGGUUUGAGGCAGCAAAUGUUUAUCUUACUUAGCUUAUCAGUACAAAAAUGUGACUUUUCAUUCAUUGUCUU